GCGCCCGACUCGCAACUCAGAAAAUUUAGCUUGCGACAAGUGUUUUGGUAAUAAAUGCGCACAUAGUUUCCCGCGCGGCGCCAUCACGAUGGCAGAUGUGUGUGUCCUUUGUGUGGACGGGUUGCCGGCGAUCCCCUUGAAGCCUAAUGAGAUAUACAGAAUCGGAAAACAAAAGGGUCUGGAGAUUUGCAUUGCCGGUGAAUCGAUGGAGCUGGCCCAUGGCAUCGUCAGCCUUCUGCGAAGCGGUAUCGUCCGCAUAGCAUCUGUGGCGGGCAGGAUAUUUGUGAACGAGGAGGAGAAGCAGAUAUCAGACAUACGAAAGCAGGACGCCAGGGAUGGCAAGGUGAGACUGCGUUUCGGCAAUGUGGAGGCCAGUUUGCGGUUUAAUGAGGCCCAUGAAGCGGCCCAGGACAGCAGUGGGUUCGGCGAAUGCCUGAAGGACAGGUCCAUUGACACAACCGAUGACAGCUUGUGUAUACCCGAAACACAGCCUCCGCCUGCAAAUGCUAGUGUUAAUACCACGGCGGAUAGCUUCUGUAUACCCGAGACCCAGGCUAUUGUUUUCGAAAGGCCCGCGGGGAGCAAGGGAAAAGUAUCGCUGGGCGAUGACUUUGUGAUACCCGAAACGGAGCGAGAACCAGAACCUAGUGACCUGCACCACGAAACGACAACAUGUGGCAGCGAUGAUACCGAGUCCUCCGGUAUGGGCUCCCAGAUACGUAUCUGCACGCAGGACUUUAAUGAGUUUGAUGAGGAUGCCAUAGACGACUUUGAUUCGUCGAUUAUGUUGGGCGAUGCCUUGAUGGCCGUGGGACCGCCGAAGGUGACAAAAGAAAUACCAGAGAAACUGGAGAAAAAACAGGACAAUCCGCUGGAUGCCACUGACCUCGAGAUGAGUGCCUUAAAUUGGUCGGCCACCAAUUCCAAGUGCUCUCUUCUAAACAGCACCAAGGCCGAUCGUGCGGCUACCUGCAUAACACCUGAGUUGAGUGCUCCUCUGGCCGACGCCAUUCGUGACAUCAGCACGCCUGAUAUCUUCGAGUUGAUGGAAGCCCAUGAGAAGGAGGAGACGGCACAAAGAUCAAAUGCUACCACACCGCAGCUUUGCGGGAUAAAGCAGCUGGUUGUGGCCACCAUUGAGACCCCGAGGACCACACAAAAUGAAGAAGAAGAUGGUGAAAAUCAAGACAUAAAUCAAGAUUUUGUGGCCACUCAGGCAUUUCCAACGGGGGUUUCCAAGUCAAAGGAAUCUCCAGAGAAACCCAAUCAAGACUUAAUCGCCACUCAGGUAUUUCCUAGCAAAGGCAAUAGCUCUGAAGUUAGGCAGGAUGCUGAAAUUGAUCAAGAUUUCGUUGGCACUCAGGCAUUUCCUUCACGACUUUCUCUUAGAAAAGAACCUCCUGAGAAACCUAAUGAAGAUUUCAUUGCCACUCAGGUAUUUCCCAGCAAAGACAAGAGCCUUCGAUCUGACAAUUUCAAGGUGCCUUUGAAUCAAGACUUUGUGGCCACUCAGGCAUUUCCAUCAAGAAUCACACAGUCUACAGAAACUCCUAAAAAAGUCGAUCAAGACUUUGCAUUUCCUAAGCCAAAUGAAUCUACCAAUCAAGACUUUAUUGCCACUCAGGUAUUUCCCAGCAAAACCCCCACUCCCGCUCGAGCUGUACAGGACUCUAUAGAGACACAACCAUUUCAUAUCAACAAGGAAAACAUUCCGCAGGAUACAGAUUCAUGGAGUGAUGAGAUCGAAGAAAUACUGAAAGAAAUGACUUCUGGUAAUGUAGUUUCUUCCCCGCCGUCGUCUCCCAACGAAGAAGCACUCAAGUACGUUAAGCCCUGCGUCAUUAAGGAUAAGGAUCAUAACAAUAAGGUUUUCCUUUUCGAAAACGUUUUCCCCAACGCCGACAACAAAAAUCGCUGGAAGAAUGAGCUAUUAGUUGAGGAGAAAAAACAUCUGAAACGCACUGCCAGUACGGAUAGUCAGCCAGCUUUUGUGACACCCAUCAAGAGAAAUCGACGUUUAUCAGAACAAUCGGAGAGAUUGGAUGAUGAUUGCGCCUCCGUAAGCUACUCGAGAAAGCGUCCAUCAAGCUUGCAGGAAAAGGACAAGUCUGAACCUCCCAAUAAAAGCUUGUGCAAGAUAACCGCCAUUUCAGAGAAGGCGGAACUGAGUACCGAGGAUGAAGAGGCUGCUCCCAAAAAGGCAGUCACUAGGCGGCCCACUCGCAAAGCUAAAACGAAGAGCCGGUCUCCUACUCCAACGGUAGAAACCAACCAGGUUAAAAAAGUAACCAGGACCAGGAGUAAGCAGGCUAAAAGUCAGGAGUACAAACCUAAGGAAACUCCACCAAAAGUUAAUAAGACAAUGCAACAAACUAAAGGUUCAGAGCCCGAAGAGACGAGUACAAAGCCGUCGGAGGAGAUUAUGUCAAAGCAAAAGGCAGCCUUGGCAAAGCCAACUGAAGAAGAGGCCGCUUACCAGGCAGCAAGUAAAAGAGAGAUUAAGAAGGCAGUGGAAAGUGCCAAAAAGAAUCCCAAAGAAGUUAAGGAAAAAGCUGACGAGGCAGCAACUAAAAAAGUCGCUGAGAAAUUGGUGGAAAGUGCCAAAAAGAACCCUGAGGAAGCUGAACAGUCUACUUCCAAAAGGGGACGAAAGAAAACUGUCAAAGACUUGGAAGAACCUAAAGACCUGCCAAAACGCAGACCAGGCAGGCCACGUAAAGGUUCCAUUUCAUUAGCCGAAGAUUCUAUAUCAAAAACUGCCAAGCCAGAAAGGAAUACCAGACAGGCCGCUGUCACUGAUAAAAGUUUAGCUGAUUUAAAGGCCAACAAAGAGAAAACUGUAUUAGAGGAGCCAGUCAAUCUUAAGAAGCUUGUGGUGCGCUUGAAAAGAUCCAUUUCCAAGGAAGAGCCAUCCACCAGCACAUCGGAAAAGAAAGCUGAAGAGAAAGCUUCCAAUAAUCCAUCUAAUACAUCCCAAGCAAAUCAGCAGGACCCCCUUAAAGCAAUCAAUAAAUAUGUGAAACAGGCCAAGUCAAAUGGAAAAAUAAAGAUAGCAUUCACUGUGUGCGAUCGUCUGGCUUUGAUUUCAGUCAUAAAUGCACUUAAACAUGUGGUCGAAGUCACCGAGGAUCCCCAGCAGUGUGACGUUCUCAUCAUGGACAGGGGCGAGCGCACUUUCAAGUUUCUCACGGCAAUUGCCUCAAACAAGCCCAUUUUCAGCUCCAAGUGGCUGGUGUCUAUAAAAUCAACGAAAUCUAUUACCGUUAAGGAAGAUCAUUUGUUUAGUGACUCUAAUUUCCAGGAGAUGUUCAAGUUUGAUCCUUUUAGCGUACUACAGCAUCCUUGUUUGUUAAAAGGCUUUAACUUUAUGCUUUGCCGGGGCAUCCAACCGAAUGUCGAUGAAAUGAAGAUCAUCAUUCAAAGUGCCGGGGGCAGAGUUUACAGUCAGCCGCCUACUUUAGCCUGCAUUGAGGAUCUCUACGUUGUGACCACUAGCAAGAACAAGGAUGUCAAGCUGCGCAACUACGAAAACGUGCAUUAUAUUAAGUCCGAAGGAGUAAUGGCAUCGCUUGUCCAACACAAAGUGGAGCUCCUGAAGGAGCACAAGGCGAAGGUGUAAACCGGAAUUGUAUUUGUAUGAGUUAAAAAAUUAGUUUAGUCUGCUUCGUUUAUAGUUAGUUUUGGGUGUUUUUCUUCUUCUCUUUGUAUUCAAAGAUUUGUUGUUAGUUAUCCUGUCAAAUACAUCAUUUAUUAGCUCCUUAUUGUACUAUAA